CCAGGAGGAAGGAGAGACGAACGAGGGGGAGAGGAGCCAAAGGUGACCAAAAGGAGGACAGGACACCCACAAAGGUCUUUUUUUUAUUUUUAUUUCUCUUCAUGGUGGCUCGGACGCUCGUAUUAUGUAUGAGAAGUUAACCAUGCUGAACCUGCAAAGCGGCUCGAACUGGAGCGGGCCUAACAACUGGUACCAUGAUCCCACUGCAGUACAAACACAACACAGCACAGUGUCUGAGGGCUGUCUGCUGGACACGGAAGGCAGUAUGGGGGGAGAGGCGGGGGGAGGAGGAGGAGGGAGAGGAGGAGGAGUCCCCGUGGAGAGGGACGAGGGCGAGGAGUCUCAGCUGAGACUGCAGCUUAAGAGGAAGCUGCAGAGGAACAGGACCAGCUUCACCCAGGAGCAGAUCGAGGCUCUGGAGAAAGAGUUUGAACGGACACAUUACCCAGAUGUCUUUGCAAGGGAGAGACUGGCAAACAAGAUUGAUUUGCCCGAGGCCAGGAUACAGGUAUGGUUCUCAAACCGAAGAGCCAAGUGGAGGAGGGAGGAGAAGCUGCGCAACCAAAGGAGGUCAGGGGGAGGGACGUCCUGUUCACAGACCCAGGCGCCCCUGACCACUUCGUUCAACACAUCUGUUUAUCAUCAUCAGCAUGGCAGCAGUUCAGGGUCCAUGUUGAGUCAGGCUGAGUCGUCCCUGCCCAGCUACAGCUCCCUGUCAGUUUUCUCCUCUGGAGUUCAGUCUAUCCCUCCGCAGUCGGCCUCCUCUUACUCUUGCAUGUUACCUCCGUCUCCCUCCGCUCCGCGCAGCUUUGACUCAUCCGCGUACUCCUCCCCUCAUCUGCAGACUCCACCCUCGGCCAACUCCAACACCGGGCUCAUAUCCCCUGGAGUUUCAGUGCCGGUACAGGUUCCAGGAACUGAGCAGCAGAGCAUGAGUCAGAACCUGGGUCAGUACUGGGCCAGACUACAGUGAAAUACAGACAGUUGCCACCAACCAGCAUAAAAAAAAGGAAAACAAAAAAGGGCAUGUAAAGAAAAAAGAAAGAAAGAAAGAAAAAGUGGCAAGAAUAACAACAUGGGGAAACACGGGUUUAAGGAAGCACAGGACUGAGCUAUAGAGGGGCCUCAUUGAGUUGCAGACCCCGAUAUGCAUUAAAUGUUUACAAAUUCAGCCAAGAGCAGCUUUGGUUGCACUUAACAGUACUCUGUUCAUAAUGGUACUUACUUAGCGUUUUAUUAUACCAAAUGUUCUUGGCCUUUAGAUCAGGAGUGCAUGAUCCAAAAGUAAGAAGCCACGCUGAAGAAAUUUUACUCCUGACAGCUUACUAUACAGAAAUUUGGGUGUAAGAAUUCCACCUAUGAUCUCGAUCUCUAAAUAGGAAUUUUAAACUUACAUUGUUGUUAUACGUUGUCAUUUAUCAGCAGUGGCAGUGGCUAAAAAAGAGCAAAAAGUGUUGCCCUAAUUUGACCAUGCACUAUCUGCAGCAUCGUUGAAUUUAAUUAGAAAACAGCAUUAUGGAUUACGAAGAUUUUAAAAGUCAAAAGUGGCAGAUAAUGAGGCCUUGUUGCUCAUAAAUACUGAGCAAAUGUUUGAUGCAUGAAGAUUAUAAAUAUUUAGUGCUCCAUCCCAUAAGGAAAUGCCUCAGCGCUAUAUAGUGAUGAAGAGGCACUAAGUAAAUGCCAGCAGGUUUCUGUAUUGUGAAGUGUAACCACAGUUUCUUGUUACUUGAGCAGCUCAAAGAUAUUGUGGUAGCUAGCUUGUUCCCUAGGCAUAAGCUGUAUACGGCUGUACACUACUGUGAAGAUUUUCAACUUGCUUAUGGCAAUCACUUUUACUAAAACUGAACAUUUACUUAAAAAAAAAAGUUUAAAUCCUGCCAGCAACAUUACACUCAGACUGAUUGCAUAUUUUUGUACAGAAAGCUGUGUAUGAUGAAGAUAACUGUAGAAUAGUGUUAAAUGUUAUUGGAGGGCAGAAUGUAGCAAGUUUUGGAUUAAAAAAAUCACCCUCAGAACCCAAAUUUCAUUUGUUAAAAUAUGGAAAUCAGUAAGGAUCCAUUCACACCAGUAUUGAUAUCAACUGUUAUCUGAUUUUAGGCUAAAACAGGGUGUUGGUAUCACAGAUUUUUACCCCAGUAACAACAUGGUAGAAAUCAAAGAAAUGCAACUUGAUUUUCUAGUUUUUCAUGGGUAGAGGGAUAAUGGAUCGUCCUAUUGGAGAAAAAUCAAUUAUAUCUCAAUCAUGUUUGUCCAUUAAGCCCAAACUAAUGAUCUACGUUUGUUGGUUAUUCAAAUGGGAUGGAUGUCCAUCAAGCAAUGCAUAAAGUUUAGGACUGUGUCACUCUAUCUAUGGUAAGGACUCCAAUCCUGAAUCAGCAUUAGCAGUAGCAUCAGGACUGACACUGCUAAGCGGUAUUUGUAUAUCACUGUAAAUCCAUGAGCCAAUGACAAUCCAGCAUCACGAAACACCAAAAAAUAAUAAUAAUAAUAAAAUAAAAAAAAGUUGUGUUCAGACAAUCAGGUGCAAACACCUCAGAGACAAUCAAAGCAGGAGGUAGAGGCGCCAGUGAUCAACCUGGAUAAGCUGUGAAACUGUUGCAACACAAUCCAUACAAUAGCAAUUGUACUGAACUGUGCAUGACCAAAAAUAUACAUACGCCACUAGACAAUCAGUUAUUUAUUUACAGAAAUGAAUCGAGUAUUGUAAAAUACUGUUACUGUACUUUGCAGGGUCUGAACCCAUGCUCACUUUCCUCUGACUAUUGUUUUGGUUGAUGCACCUCAGUUUAAUCUCAUAUGAAACGUCUUAUUUAUUUGUCUUCUCACUUGUUCACCUCAGUCCUCUGUGGUUUCUGUUGUCGUGUGACUUUGCUGUGUUAGUACUGUAUAGCUACCAAGAGUCAACCCUUUUGUGAAGGCCUUGGAUCCCUUUAAUGAAAAUAAAACUGUGUGUAAUAAAA